AUGACUGCCGAGGGCUUUUCUCUUAUGGCCAUUGGCCUCGUGUUCAUCUUCUUUCGUCUCUUCACACGCGUCUACACCCUAGGCUGGUCCGGCAUCAAGAGCGAUGACAUCCUGAUGAUCGUUGCAGGAGUGGCCUAUUCGGCCGAGACUGCAUUGUCCUACUCUGUUACGACGUACUGGCUAGGCCUCGCUAACAAUGGCAUGACCGAUGCUGAGCGUGCUGCCCUCGAUCCUUCCAGCCACGAGCAUUAUCUUCGCGUCAAUGGCUCCAAGACACAGGUGGCCGGCUGGUCAACAUACACCUUUUUGCUGUGGACCCUCAAGGCGUCCAUGUGCGCCUUCUAUCUCCGCCUGAUGAAGGGGCUGGACUACCACCGGCGCAUCUACAUUGGCUUCUGCAUCAUCUUCACUAGCUGGGUAACCGUACUGCUGUCCAUCUUGCUGGGCUGCCGGCCCAUGUCCAAGAACUGGCAGAUUUACCCGAACCCUGGGAACUACUGCCAACCGGCCAUUUCCCGCAUUGACAUCUUUGUCACCGUCGUCCUCAACGUCAUCACCGAUGUCUACCUCUUGUCCAUCCCAGUUCCCAUGCUGUGGGCCGCCAACUUGCGGCCGACCAAGAAAUUGGGCUUAAUUGUGCUGUUCUCCGGCGGUGCUUUUGUCACUGUCGCUGGAAUUCUUCGCUGCGUUCUGAUCUUGACGAAUCCCGUCACUGGUGCCCAGCAGGCCGGUUCAUGGGCGGUGCGCGAGACAUUUGUUGCCGUCGUCACGUCCAAUGCGCCGAUCAUCUUCCCGCUGCUCCGACGCUGGUGCAUCCCCAUCUUUGGCAGCAUGCACAGUAAGGCUUCGGUCCACGGUGGCCAACAGCAUCCAUCAGGUCCGUCAAAGCAGAGCGCCACUGGAAGUGCCAGUGGCAGUGGAGCCAGUGGUGGCAGUGGAGUGCUGGGGCUGGGCGCCUUGAGCAGCAAGCUGGGCUUCGGCAACGGUACGGGAAGCGAUAGCAGAGGAUUCGGCAGCAACACAGGCAGCAAAGCGGGCAUGUAUGUGUUGGAAGAGAACGUUGGCGAGCACGAGCGCGGGAUCGAGCACCAGAUCACGGACGGCCUGAAUCGUCACCGUCAAAGCAGCAUGGUGCCCAAGAUCACGUUCUCAGAGAGCGAGGAGUGCGGUUUUGGCGAUGGUUCCGUCAUUGACGACGAGGAGAAGCAGCAGCACCUGCCGCAGAGACAGUGGACACAGCCGCAGCCACCGGUACAGGUGCAGUCGCAGCGGCAGCAGCCACUGCAGCAGAAGCGGAAGACGAAGGGGAAGCUGCGCGUGGAGGAGUACCAGAUGACGGAUUCGCGGCCGUCGACGGAUCAGCCGUACGUCACGGCGCUGUCGCCACCGCUGGGUGGAAUUCGGAUCUCGCGCGACCUCUCGCAGCAGCAGCUGCCGAUCAGCACCGGCGGGUCUGACACGUCUGGCGAAGACCACCUGGACAAGGUGCUGCAGAGCUCCAGCACCCGCACGAGCUACGGCGAGACCGGAAAGGCCGCCAGGACUGUCAGCGAUGCCAGCAGCAGCGGCAGGAGCAGUGCUGGAAUCUACGAGGCUGCCUUUGCCACCUCGACGGCCUCGCCGCUAUCCAUGCCGUCGUGGUACAGCACCGGGUCGACCUUGGUCGGUGCCGGGGCUUCGGACAACAAGCGAGGAAGCACGAUGAUGGGCGGGUCGCGCAAAAUGUGA